AGACGGUCUGCGACAGAGCUGAUAUCAGCGACUAGGCUUGGAAGGCCCUGCGCCGGAAGUGACGUCAUCAGGGGGUAGGAUUUGUCGUCGCUGUGACCGUCACCUGGAAAAGCCAAUGGCAGAAGAGCCUAUGUAUACUCCACGUGGUGAAACGGAUAUAUGUAAUUGACAAACCUUGAAGGCUGUUCUAUUUCAUGCUAUAUUAGGAGGUGGAGUAUAUAGAGGAAGACAGGGGUCUGUACAAGGACGUGAUGAUGGAGAAUCACCGGCCCCUCACAUCACUGGAUGGGCCCAGUAACAGAGAUACCCCAGAGAGAUGUCCCCGUCCUCUGUAUUCCCAGGAUUGUACAGAGGAGAAUCACAGGAUCCCACAGGAGGAUCAGGUUCAAUGUGAAGAUUUGAUGGUUAUUAAGGUAGAAGAUAUAGAAAUAAAAGAAGAGACGUAUGUGAAUAUAGUGUAUAUGUCGGAUAAGGAGGCAGAAAAUCUAGAUGAAGAAGAAAAGACGUAUGUGUCAAAUAAGGCAGAGGAUAUAGAGGGAAAAGAGGAGACGUAUGUGAGUGAUGAUCAGCAGUGUAAGGAGGAGGAAAUCCCUACAGAUAUCAGCACAGAUGGAUGCAGAAGCAGGAACACCUCAGAUGGACAUCUCAUUUUAUCUCCAGAUUUUAAAUUAGAAGAGAACAACAUUGUACAAAAUUCCACAGGGGAAAUCCCCAUUACUCUAAAUAUACAUCCAGUACCUCACAGUGCAGAUAUAGCCUCUAGUCCCUCUAAUCUUGACUGUUCUCCUUAUAAUUCAGGUGGUGCAGUCUUUUACUGUUUUGUGUGUGGGAAAUGUUAUACAAAUAAAUCGCAUCAUGUUAGACAUCAGAGAAUAUGCACAGGUGAAAAACCAUUUUUAUGUUCUGACUGUGGGAAACGUUUUUCACGGAAAGUAGAUCUUGUUAAACAUCAGAGAAUUCACACAGGUGAGAGGCCGUAUCCAUGUUCUGUGUGUGGGAAAUGUUUUACGUGGAAAGUAGAUCUUGUUAGACAUCAGAGAAUUCACACAGGCGAGAGGCCAUAUCCAUGCUCUGUGUGUGGGAAAUGUUUUACACAUAAAUCAGACCUUGUUAGACAUCAGAGAAUUCACACAGGUGAAAAGCCAUUUCUAUGUUCUGAGUGUGGGAAAUGUUUUACUCAGAAAUUAGAUCUUGAUAGUCAUCGGAGAAGUCACACAGGUGAAAAACCAUUUAUAUGUUCUGAGUGUGGGAAAUGUUUUACACGGAAAUCUAAUCUUGUUAUUCACAUGAUAAGUCACACAGAAAAGAAAAUGUUUCAGUGUUUAGAGUGUGGAAAAUGUUUUACAUAUAAAUUAAGCUUUGAUAUACAUCAGAGAAGUCACACAGGUGAGAAACCAUUUCCAUGCGCUGAGUGUGGGAAAUGUUUUACACAACAAAAAGUUCUUAAAACACAUCAGAGACUUCACACAGGCGAGAAGCCAUUUCCAUGUUCUGAGUGUGGAAAAUGUUUUCCACAGAAAUCACAGCUUGUUACACAUCAGAGAAGUCACACAGGUGAGAAGCCAUUUCUAUGCACUGAGUGUGGGAAAUGUUUUACACAACAGUCAGCUCUUAAAACACAUCAGAGAACUCAUACAGGCGAGAGGCCAUUUCAGUGCUCUGAGUGUGGGAAAUGUUUUACCCAACAAUCAGCUCUUAAAACACAUCAGAGAAGUCACGCAGUUGAGAGGCCAUUUCCAUGUUCAGACUGUGGGAGAUGUUUUAAACAGAGAUUACAUCUUUCUAAACAUGUAAAAAAAGAACACAUGAGAUACCCCAUUUCCACGUUCUAAAUGUGGGAGAUGUUUUGCAUGGGAAGAAAUCUUGUUGAAUAGCAGUUAUUUUACAUUACUGUAAACCCAUUUAAAUAUUGGAAAUAUUUAUCAUACAAUAUAAAUCAGGUCUUUAUAGACCUCAGAUAAUUACUAAUUUUGAGAGGCCAUAUUCUUGGGGUGUUGUAUGAUUUGUCGACCGUUAUCACGAUGACGUGGUUGAAGUUUGGACAUUUUUAACAUGUCAACAUUCAUGUCUAUAGCGAUGACAUGAUGAACUGUAUACAAACUGUCCCUGGUGGUACAGUGGUGUCUUACCUCCUCCCGGCCGCGGCAUCUGUUCUAGCAUCUACUUACAGGAUCUGCCGGUCACGUGUAGAGUAUUUCCGUCAAUGUGUCAGCAGUGGCAUUUCACAGUUAUCCCUUAACCUUUCCUUAGGUCUAACCCUCCGCUGCCUAACCCACGUGGCGACAUCUAACAAUAUACGUCCACAUCCUCCAAGAGGUCAACAAUUUAGGUGUCGACAGUCUGAGGAUGUCGACAUGGCUUAUCGACCAUUUGACUAGAUACCAUUUUUAUGGGUACACAGUCACAACUUGAUGGCGGACCAGACGCCAUGCUGAUGGCGGGCAAUCCCGGGAAGCAUAUACAGCAAGUGUACGGGAGGUCGGAGGGCCACCUGUACACACACCACCGGAUACACCGAUAUAUCUGAAGAUAUAUUGGCCAUCAGCUGGCCCCCUAGCGAUAUAUAAGCCAUUCACUCGAAUAGCCGAUAUAAUGACUAGUAAGCACCCAGUAUAACUAUAUCCAUCACUGACCAGAGCCAGGAACUAGCAUAUUAACUAUCCACUAAUGUGGAAGGAGAAUGGGUUCAGGGGAUAAAGAUCGGUAGGGAGAAGCAUUUGUAUUAGUUGUAAGUUGUUACAAAAUGGCUUCACUUUAGUCCGAAGCAUCUGUAUUAUAACAAUUUAUUUGAAACUAUAAUCCCAUAGAUACUUCUAACCUUUUGUUUAUAUACCAAGCUGUUCUUUAUCGUGUAGACUUUAGUGUGUGUGUAUAUAUAUAUAUAUAUAUAUAUAUAUACACACACACAAUGUUCUGUGAUGUUCUAAGCUCUAGAUGAGAUAUUUAACCCAUUUUUGGACUCAAAAUGCACCAGCCUGGGGUCACCACUUCAAGUCCAGGCCUUGAGUUCUUGGCCAAUUAACAUUUUUUUUAAUCAUGUAUUAAGUAUUUUAAGGUGUAUCUUAUAUCAUGUGAUGUGAUUCGUUUGUUCAGUUAAAUCUGCCUUGUAACUGACAGAAUAUAAGAAUGAGUGUCUAAACAAUAUUAGGGGUCAGUUCAUCAUUCUAGAUCUGCACUCAUAUGAGUCGCAUGAUGUAUCAUUUGGAUAGCUAAAUAAAUUUACCAUUUGCACUUCAAA